GGGGGGCGGGGAAGGAAGAUGGCGGCGCCCAGCAGCCGGUGAGGAGAGAGACACGGGGAUCCCGAGGAGCGGCCAGACUCGUGCGUGAUGGCCACCUCCCCACACACUGUCUCCUCACGCCUUCUGACAGGUUGGGUAGGAGGAUGUGUCUGGUAUCUAGAAAGAAGAGCUAUGCAGGAGUCCCCUCACAAAUUUAUGCAUCUUUUUCGGAAUGUCAAUAAGCAGUGGAUUACAUUUCAGCACUUUACCUUCCUCAAACGCAUGUACGUCACACAGAUGAACAGAAACCUCCGCCAGCAAGUAAAGCCGAAGUCAGAACCAGUGGCCUCUCCUUUCCUUGAAAAAACAUCCUCGAGUCAAGCCAAAGCAGAAAUAUAUGAGAUGAAACCCUUUUCGCCCUCUAGCCUAUCUUUGUCUAGGAAGCCAAAUGAAAAAGAAUUGAUAGAACUGGAAUCUGCCUCAGUAAUUGAAGGCUCAGUACAUGUGGGAAAAGAGACACAAGAUGAAAAACAGUGGAAAGAGAUGAAGCUGCAUGUGGACCAUUUGCCAGGAGUUUUGGCUCGACUGUCCAAAAUCAAACUCACAGCUCUGGUGGUCAGCACCACUUCCGCAGGAUUCGCAUUGGCUCCGGGGCCUUUCGACUUCUCCUGUUUUUUGCUCACUUCUCUGGGAACAGGCCUGGCAUCCUGUGCUGCCAACUCCAUCAAUCAGUUUUUUGAGGUGCCAUUUGAUUCAAACAUGAAUAGGACAAAGAACAGACCUCUGGUUCGUGGACAAAUCAGCCCGCUGCUAGCUGUGUCCUUUGCCACUUGCUGUGCUGUUCCAGGAGUUGCCCUUCUGACCUGGGGGGUGAACCCACUCACAGGAGCCCUGGGGCUCUUCAACAUCUUCCUGUACACCUGCUGUUACACCCCACUGAAGAGGGUCAGCAUUGCCAACACCUGGGUCGGAGCUGUGGUGGGGGCCAUCCCACCUGUCAUGGGCUGGACGGCAGCCACUGGCAGCCUCGAUGCUGGAGCCUUUCUUCUGGGAGGAAUCCUCUACUCCUGGCAGUUCCCUCACUUCAACGCGCUGAGCUGGGGCCUCCGAGAGGACUACUCCCGGGGGGGCUACUGCAUGAUGUCCGUCACUCACCCCGCCCUGUGCCGGCGCGUCGCCCUGCGCCACUGCCUGGCCCUGAUCGCACUGUCCACGGCAGCCCCCGUCCUGGACGUCACCACGUGGACUUUCCCCGUCAUCUCCCUCCCCAUCAACCUGUACAUUUCCUACCUCGGCCUCCGCUUCUACUGGGACGCGGACCGGAGGAGCUCCAGGAAGCUGUUCUUCUGUAGCCUGUGGCACCUGCCCCUGCUCCUGCUCCUCAUGCUCACCUGCAAGCGGCCGCCGGGCGAGGAAGGCGACACGGCGGAGCCGCAGAGUUGAAACCACAUUGGCAUGUGGGGAAAAACCAAACGUACCGGGAACGCACUUUCCCCUUGGCGGUUAGGCAAGACUACUGUGGUGAUUCCGGAGCAGGAGCAGAGCAAUCACUGGGUUUAGUGCAAGGCUGGUUGCGAAACGAUCGGUGCUCAGUGAUCACGCAGCAGUGUUGUAUGGUGAUGUCCAAAAUGCUCUCCAGGUGAGAAGUGCGUUGGCUCAGUAGAUGAAUACAGAGAGAAUCUCCCUCUUUGAGGGUCUUGACAUAUCUCUUCCCCCAACCUCUC